UACAAACUACUAGAGUAUUAUCCCUGUAACAAUAAAUCUAAAGACAAAGGAGCAAGCUUUAACUGUAUAAUUAAUUUACAUGAGCAAACACAACUAAUACAUUUAAUCAAUUUGUCCAAUCCUCCUCUAACAUAAGAUAUUAUAAUACAUCUAAUUAAUGAACCUCUUUAUCUAAAAUGCUUAUCUUAAUUCUGCUUUAUUAGAUGAAGUCAUAAAGUUAUUAAAUCAUAAACUUGUUGUAAGUGUAGAAUUUCCUUAACCAUUAUUAUUUCCUACCCAACACCUGUUACCAUGUGUAGAACCUAUAAUAAUAUAUCUCAUAUUGGAUAUGUUUGUGAUUUCCUAGCUAGCUUAGAACUCUGUUCAUCUUGAAAAGAGCUACCAUUUUCUAAAAUAUCAAUUCCUCUAAAUAGUCCGUUUUUGCGUAAUGUGUAUUACAAUAAAUAUUUAAGUAGAUCUUGUUUCAGGCACAAUGUGGGUGUUAAUUUACCUAGCUACAUGAUAUUGGUAGCAGAUAAGAUAGCCCCGUGUCUUAUCAACAUUUUAUUUGAAAUAGGCUUAAGACCACUUAUUGAUAGCGGAGUUGAUAACUCGCUCAGUAUUUGUCUGGCAACUAAGCUUCACAUAGGAGAACCUACCAAUUCUUUUAACAAAAAAAGUUUUUUACUUUGUUUUUUUCAAGAAUGUCUACUAUAAUUUAUCACCCUGAAACAAUGUUUCUAAUUCAGUGCAAGACUUUUGUAGUUAAUGUAGUAAAUCCCAUGAGUUUAUUUGUUAUUCUGAUUAAUUUGUGACAGGUUGCACAAGGGUAGCUUUUGGUAUCAAGCUCCGGUGGAAGGACAAGAUCAGACUGAACAAUGUUAUCUGGAGGUGCUGGCACAUGCAGUUCAUAAAGAAACAGAACACGCUGGUUUGCCAGUUCGCAUCCCCGCUGGAUGUGGAUACCCACGUGAAGCCAGAGACGACAAUACUUGAAGGAAAAUAUUGGAAAAGAAGAGCAGAAGCAGUCAUAGCAGAAUAUAAAAAAUGGCGGAUGUUUCAUAUAAUGCGGCUCUUUGGCAAGGGCGACACCUCUGUCCAGGAUACUAUCUCGGACAUGGACACGGUGGAGUCCCUGUCGCAGUGCGGCGAGCUGGCGGGCGGCAUGCUCACGGACGAGGACUACCUCAGCUUCAUGAGUGACACGCUGUUCUCCACCAUCUCCAGCCACCAGCCCUUCGCCUUCCCUGACCCGAGGGAGAUCGCAAGAGGAGCUAGUUUGGCGGACUUCAUCCAGCCGAGCCUGGGCCCGCUGCAACCCAACCUCGACGAUUUUAUGGACACAUUGGAACCUCUGCACGACAUUCUCUCGUCGCACCACCGCCUGCCGCCGGUGCCUGAGGAGCCGACGAUCAGCGCUGAAGAGACGCUGUACAGGAGCGGUAUCACUGACUCGUAUAGUCAGGGAUACACCGUCGCCGCUAAUACAAAUUCUAACGCACUCACCAUGCCAACCAGCCAGAUGUCUAUUCAUGGUACUAACACCAACACGCAAAUGAUGCCUUCGAUGGCGUCGCCGUCGAUCAAGAACGAGCGUAUGCAGAUGUACGACAGCGGGCGGCUUUACGUCCAGACCGACAUGCAAACAAACAUGCAGACAAACAUGAUGGCGCAGGAAGUGUCGCCGUCGUAUGCGCCGGCGCACUACGAGCCGGCCGCGGGGGACGCGGGGUACGGGGGGAAGCGCAUGCACUACGCACAGAACACGAGCAAGAUCGUGCAGCCGCAAGAGAAUACGGGGUACACCAAGUAUAGUGCAGCAGGUAUACCGCCGUCGCAGACAGCACCAGAGACUGUCUCACUGCUACAGCAGCCUGUCCAAAACCCGAAAUACGCUUCCACCAUGGUGAUCCAGGGGCGGCCAUCCUACUCACGAGAGAAGCCGCGGGCCCGCAUCAACCAGUACCCGAGUCCUGUGGUCAACAACCACUACGGGUCGUAUUCGAACCAGGCGCCCGCUCCGUAUGAGGCGAGGCAGUACCUGGCGCCCGCGCCGGCUAAACAGAGCAAUCGUGCCUUCAAGAUGCCGUCGCCGCCGCUGGCCCCGGCUUCGCAGCAGGUAUCAGGCAGCAGUCGAGUGAAUGCCGGCGUCCAGAGUAAGGAGAGCUAUCGGUCGAAUAGCCUUCCAUUGGGGGCAGCGCUCAACACUGAUUGGUCGAUAUCAGCGCCGGCGGAGGCCACGCCGCGGCAACAUGCGCCCAGGGCGCGCGAGACCACCCCAGGCGCCAUCCGGCUCCGCUCCCGCUCUACCUCGUCUCAGGGCGAGGGAGGCGCGGGGGGGAGGCGCCCGCCCCCGCUCAACAGCGUGGCCAGCGAGCCCGCGCUGCCGCAGGCCAGCGUCAUGCUGGCGCAGCUGCUGUCGCAGCAACACUCUCAAAGCGUGUACAAGAUGAGCAGCGCCGGCGAGGAGGCCGGGGUCAGUGACCCCACGCGGUCGCCGGCGGCGCGCGCGCAGCCCUCGCCCAUCGGCAGCGACAUCAUGUCGCCCAUUUGCAUGGACGCCCUCGGCUCGCCGUCCACGUCGCCGCCGCCGUCGCCCGGCUCCCCGCGCGAGCCGCGACGCACGCACCUGCACGCCGAGCAGAAGAGACGAUACAACAUCAAGAACGGCUUCGACACGCUACAGUCGCUGAUACCGCAUCUUAACAACAAUCCUGCUGCUAAGGUGAGCAAGGCGGCGAUGCUACAGAAAGGCGCCGAGUACAUCAAACAACUGAAGGCCGAGCGGAACCAAAUCAAAGAGGAGAUGGAAAGCCUCCGACAACAAAUCGAAUGUUUAAACAAUUCUAUUUCCAACUGCCAUUCUCUGCUGCCGGCGACGGGCGCGCCGGUGUCGCGCGCGCGCGCCGGCCGCCUGCGCGAAAUGUUCGCCAGACACGUCGCCAACCGGACGCUGCACAACUGGAAGUAUUGGCUCUUCAGCGUGGUGGCGGCGGCGCUGCAGCAGUCGUUCAGCGCGUGCGUGUCGUGCGGCAGCGGCGCGGACCUGGUCCGGACCACGCUGCUGUGGGCCGAGCAGCACUGCUCGCUCGUCGAGAUGAGGCCCGCGGUGCUGAACUCGCUGCGAGUGCUGUGCACGUCCACGGAGAUCCUCACGAACCCGGAGCGGCUGCCCGAGGAGGCGCGCGCCGCCGCCGCCGCCGCCUCCUCCGUCAAGAGCGAACCCACCUAGCGUCGCCACCGGGGAAACUACAUGCAGACUCGUCCAGCCCGAUUGUAGCACUGUCGGUAAAGCAGUGCUGAGAAGUUAUGCAGCUGCUCACUAGAUGUCGCUAGAGGGGUUUUUGAUAACAUUGUAGGAAACGGAAAGCUUGAGUUUUUGGUUACAAUAUGGAUGGAGAAUGGAAAUUAUAACUUUGUAAAAUAUAGCAUGAGUCCUUGACAGAUUAUUAUGCCUGGCAUAUAAAGAAAGUUUUGCCUUGUAAAAUAAAAAGGUAUGUAAAAUUUCUUGAUUUGACAUCUUUUUGACUAUAUGUUACAAAGUAUUAGAACUUGUGUUUUUGUAGGUAAUUAGGAAAGAAACAAUUCAUAUGAAUUAAUUAUUUUAAAUUUCCGUUUCCUACUAUUUAUGGCCACAAACUGGGGACAUCUGGUGAGCGUAAUUACAUUAGUUUGAUUGAACAGCAAGGUUACUGACCCACGGUUGUUGAGCGAUGACUUGUAUUUGCUUACUUGCUACUUUUAGGAAAGUAGUAUUAAAAAAAAUAUUGCCAAUAGUGCCUUUUAGUAGUUGAAAAGAAAAUGGAUUUUUCGAUUUUUUAGAUUGAAACUUAAAGUAUGUCACAGUCAUCGCUCAAAAUUUCGUACUUCCCUCCGAUCACACCAAGCCAUGCAACCGUCAGGGGCCAUAUCCUAAUAUUACACGUACGAUUCAAAGUAUAUGUUACAGCACAUAUU